CUUGACAACAGUCCCAAGCAGACGCCACCGGUUGACUAUUGUUAUAAUUCCCAAACCAAAUCAGAAAAGUCGCCAACACAACACCGUUUUGGUUUUGUUUUUGUUUUGGUCGCCACUCCACUCAGUAGCUAGCGACCAUCUUCACCGUUCAUUGUACCAAAGAGUGGCACGGAAAAUGAGGUUCGUACUCUUAUGGCGAUCCUUUUAAUGCACCCUUUCACUUUCCAAUUUUUCGUUUUUUCCAUCAAAACCAAAACCAAAACCAAAACCAAAACCAAAACCAAAACCAACGCUUACUUCAUAUAAUAACGCUUUAUUCCCCCAAAACCUAGAAAUUCUGCACUCUCUUCUGUGUUUCGCGUCAUGGCAGAGAAACACCUCAUCGUUGUCGUUGAAAGCACCGCUGCUAUGGGUCCUCAUUGGGACACCCUUCUCAUGGAUUACCUCGAUAAGAUCAUCAGGUGCUUUGGUGGAAAUGACUCAACUGGGCAGAAGCCUGGUGCUUCCAAUGUUGAGUUUGCCCUAGUCACCUAUAAUACUCAUGGAUGUUAUUCUGGUUGCCUUGUGCAACGGACUGGCUGGACAAGAGACCCAGAUGUUUUCUUCCUGUGGCUAUCAUCUAUACCCUUUACUGGUGGCGGUUUUAAUGAUGCAGCAAUUGUUGAAGGGCUUGCUGAAGCUCUGAUGAUGUUCCCAAAUUCUCAAAGUGGAGGCCUGAAUCAACAGAAUGUGGAUAUGAGCAAGCACUGUAUCCUUGUUGCAGCAAGUAAUCCAUAUCCUUUACAGACACCAGUUUAUAUUCCACGACUGCAGAACCUAGAGCAGAGUGAAACAAUUGACUCAGACCCAGGGAAUCGUUUAUAUGAUGCUGAAGCUGUUGCUAAAGCAUUUUCUCAGUUUUCUAUUUCUCUCUCUGUCAUCUGUCCAAAACAACUUCCCAAAAUUAAAGAUAUAUACAAUGCGGGAAAACGAAGUAGAGCAGCUGAUCCACCAGUUGAUGUUAAAACCACUCAUUUCCUUGUUUUAAUAUCGGAAAGUUUCAGGGAAGCCCGUAGUGCUUUGAGUCGUUCUGGGAUCACAAGCUUGCCUUCAAAUCAAAGUCCUGUUAAAGUAGAUGCGGUUUCUGUCGCACCAGUUACAGGGGCACCCCCAACUACUAUGCCAUCAGUCAAUGGAUCUAUUGCAAAUCGGCAACCAAUUCCUGCUGGGAAUGUGGCUCCUGCUACUGUAAAAGUGGAGCCAGUUCCCAUUACUUCCAUGGUAUCUGGGCCUACUUUUCCCCAUAAUUCGUCAGUUCCGCGUGCUACUGGUAAUGGUCAAGGAGUUUCAAGUUUGCAGACGUCUUCUCCUUCUUCUGCUUCUCAAGAUAUUAUGACAAGUAAUGAAAAUGCACAGGAUACAAAGCCUAUAGUGUCCAUGUUGCAGCCCUCACGUCCAGUGAAUCCCGCUCAAGCAAAUGUGAACAUUUUGAACACUCUCUCUCAUUCAAGGCAGGUGAUGAACUCUGCUGCUUUAAGUGGUGGAACCUCUAUGGGACUUCAGUCGAUGGGUCAGACUCCUGUUGCCAUGCACAUGUCAAACAUGAUUUCUAGUGGGAUGACAUCUUCUGUACCUGCAGCUCAAAGUGUAUUUUCAUCUGGACAGUCAGGAAUAACAUCAAUAACUAGUUCUGGACCUCUUACUGUUCCUGCGCAGGUUGGACAAAACUCAGGUCUUGGUUCAUUAACUUCAUCCACUUCUAAUUUGUCUGCGAGUUCAAACAUAGGGAUUUCACAACCAUUGGGUAAUCUUCAAGGGGCUGUUAGUAUGGGACAACAGGUACCCGUUAUGAGCCAAGGAAACCUUUCAGGAGCCCAAAUUGUGCAAAAUGGGGUUAACAUGAACCAAAAUGUAAUGAGUGGCCUUGGUCCAUCAGUCGUCUCUUCUGGAACUGGCACAAUGAUUCCUACUCCGGGAAUGUCUCAACAAGUACAAUCAGGCAUGCAACCACUUGUGAACAAUGCAGCAUCUAAUAUGCCUUUGCCACAACAGACAACAGGUGGUUUGCAAGCUCCACAAUCUAAAUAUGUGAAGGUCUGGGAGGGAAGCUUAUCCGGGCAAAGACAAGGACAGCCUGUAUUUAUCACCAAACUCGAAGGUUACAGGAGUUCUUCUGCAUCUGAGACACUUGCCGCAAACUGGCCCCCCGUAAUGCAAAUAGUUCGGCUUAUAUCUCAGGACCACAUGAAUAACAAGCAAUAUGUAGGAAAGGCAGAUUUCCUAGUUUUUCGGGCAAUGAACCCACAUGGAUUUCUUGGUCAGCUGCAGGAAAAGAAGCUGUGUGCAGUAAUUCAAUUACCAUCACAGACGUUGCUACUAUCUGUUUCUGACAAAGCCUGCCGCUUGAUUGGGAUGCUUUUUCCUGGGGAUAUGGUUGUAUUUAAGCCACAAUUAUCCAGUCAGCAGCAGCAACAAAUGCAACAGCAACAGCACCAGCAGAUGCAAUCACAACAGCAGCAUCUUCCGCAAUUGCAACAACAACAGCAACUUUCUCACAUGCAGCAACAACAGCAGCAGCAGCAGCAGCAGCUACAACAACAGCAGCAGCAGCAACUUCCUCAGCUACAACAACAGCAACAGCUUCCUCAGGUCCAACAACAGCAGCUUUCCCAGCUGCAACAGCAGCUGCCGCAAAUGCAGCAACAGCAGCAACUCCCUCAACUUCAACAGCAACAACUCUCACAACUACAGCCCCAGCAACAGCUUCCACAAUUACAGCAACUGCAGCAUCAACAACUUCCUCAGCAGCAACAAAUGGUUGGUGCAGGAAUGGGUCAAGCCUAUGUUCAAGGUCCUGGGCGGUCACAACUGGUUUCUCAGGGACAAGUUUCAUCACAAGGAGCAACAAACAUGGGUGGAGGGGGCUUCAUGAGUUAGCUAAAUUUAUGGAAUUAGUUGAUUUAAUAUAAAGUUUAGGCAGGGAAUUGGUUGGUUGUGGAAUCAGUUUGAUAAUAACAUUCAUGUACUUUUGUUUAUAAUGUCUCUGUCCUAUUAUCAUGCUUAAAGUGUAUUAACAUUUUAAUCAUUUAAAAUUUCACAUACUUUCUUAUAAUUUAGAGGGAAAAAUGAUAUUGGGUCAAAUUGUGAAUAUGCUGAUUUGUAAGUGGUGAGAAAGAUAUUAUAAUAAGAAAGCA